CUUCUGAAUAAAGGUGUAUCCGAACCGAUCGCGAGAACAACGUCUAUGAACGAAUUCUGCUACUGGACUGAGAAAGAGUUAGAUGAUAUUUUUAAUGACUUAGAUGUCCUCCCCGGCGCCGCCCUGGGUAGGCUCGUGUCCUUUCAUGUCCAAGGAAGCAUGGACACUGCGAAUUUCGUUAAACCGUCUUUGGAAGACGUUCAGGACUCGGCAAGCAGACUAGGCGCUCUCUGUGUCAACAGACAAGGGCAGUUUUGUACGAAUCCGAAGGAAGGAUUUGCUGCAUUAUCACAUGUCUGGUCCCAAGGGCUCGGAGCUGAUGACGAUAAUCGAGGGUUGCAUAAGAGUUUGUUGAAGCAGGUUUUCGACAAGGUCGAACGGCUUGGAGUCCGCUGGGUAUGGACGGAUAGUCUUGCGAUUCCCGGCGGAAAACGAGCCCUCAGUCUACUAGAGGAAGAGCUGAAGGGAAUGCUCAUCAACGCAAUGGCUGACGUUUACCGCCAGGCGAAAUAUGUGGUUAUAUUCGACGCACUCUGCCUACGACUGAACUCGAACGACCCUGUCAAAGUCGCCGCAGUCAAUUGUCUUGGCACUUGGAUGACUCGGAUGUGGACGUAUCAAGAAAUUAAACUAGCUAUGAACACCCUUAUCGCUACCAAAAGCGACUUCGUCAGUUUCACUAGCCUCGUCGAGCGUCUGAAGAGUCUUGCCCUCAUAGAAGCAGGUGAAGACUACAAAACCGAUGCACCGGGCAAAUACCCCAGCAUUGCUAAGACCUUCGCCCGGCUCCAACGCAAUGACGAGAUCGGCAUAUCGCUACCAGAUGUCGCUAUCGGGUGCGGGUACCGCGAAGCAUGGGACCGUCUAGACUAUGCCCGGGCGUUGUUCCCAACCAUGGGCGUCGAAUGGAAGACAAGUUACGACAUCCAACAAGCAAUGAACAAGCUGUAUACAACCCAGAAGUAUCAUGCAACACGGCUUGCAUUAUUUCAUGGUCCUCCGAGAGCUUCGAUUCCCGGAUGGGCGCCCUCAGUCUUCAAUGGACUUGUUGAUUGCAAGAUAAUAGAAGCCGCGACGUGGAAGCCGCGCGGGAUGCAGCGGUCGUGGAUGGCAACGAAGGUGCUCUCCAUCAUACCCAGCAAACCGGAGGCUCUUGUUCUAGCGCUGGAGAGCGAUUUCGCCGAGCGAGCACUCUCUGUUGGAUUUAUCAGCGAGCAGACACAGAAGGAAAGUCCGGAAAGCGUGGAACUUUUCAGACAGGCUGUCCGGGAGGGCAACGCGUAUCUUCUCGCUGACGAACCGCUCGUCCCCAAGCGUCAUUUCUCCCGAGUCGGUCUGCUCGUCGAACGCUUUACCAGGGCUGAA